AAAAUGCUGUUUGCAGAUACUUGGAACCCCUUGCAACUGCUUUGGAUAAGGAGAAAUGGUCACUUGUUCAAUUUCUUAUGUCAUCUUCAUAUAGUGGAUAUGGCACCACCAGUUUGAAACAAGAUGCCUUGGAGCUUGAUCAACUGAUCAGUUACCUAAUCAACAAAGAAAAUUCUGAGGGUGUGGUUUUACUUGGUCAUAGUACAGGUUGUCAGGAUAUUGUGCAUUACAUGCGUACCAAUGCUGCAUGUUCCCGAGCAGUUCGUGCUGCCAUUUUGCAGGCUCCAGUUAGUGAUCGAGAAUAUAGAGCGACUCUUCCUGAAACAGCUGCUAUGAUUGACUUGGCUUCAAGCAUGAUAAAAGAAGGCCGUGGUUCAGAAUUAAUGCCAAAUGAAGCAGAUCCAUCUGCCCCUAUAACUGCCUAUAGAUAUCACUCCCUUUGUGCCUACAUGGGGGAUGAUGACAUGUUUAGUUCGGACCUUAGUGAUGACCAGCUUAAACAGAGACUUGGACAUAUGACUACCAUUCCUUGCCAGGUUAUCUUUUCAAUGGCUGAUGAAUAUGUGCCAGAAUAUGUUGACAAGAAAUCACUGGUUGCAAGAUUGUGCAGAGCAUUAGGUGACGCAGAGAAAGUUGAAAUUGAGUAUGGGAAUCACUCCCUCUCAAACAGAGUUGAAGAAGCUGUCCGGGCCAUGGUAGAUUUUGUUAAAAGAGACGGUCCCAAGGGCUGGGAUGAUCCAUGGAACUAAUCUUCUAGUUUGUGUACAAUAUAGUUUUCCUUUGUCUUUAUAGUUUAUCUCUCUCUCUCUCUUUUUUUUUUCUCUGAAAUUUAUUUUCCUUCACUUAUUCAAUCAACGUUUUGGUUUUUCCAUUAUGCUUGGUUAUAUUAAUUGUUCAACCUUCAAAUACAUAAAAGGUAUGCUUAUGGCUUGUAUUUUUUAACCUUGUAUUGGUUUCUUGCAAAUGGAAAACCCAGUUUUGGCCUUAACAUUUGUGGUUAU